GGGCAUCCUCGAGAAAGGACCCCGCUGUCUCCACUGCCAGUUCUGUCCCUCCAUGUGGCUGGGAACUGUACAGUAACCCACAGCCAUGGGAUCCCAGGGUAGCCUGGGGCAGGAGAGCGUCUUUCUUCUUGCAGUGCUGGUUUCAGCGAUGGUGCUAUCUCCGACCUUAGCCAUUCACGUUUACACGGACCGGGAGAUCUAUGGCAGGGUGGGCUCCAAAGUCACGCUUUCCUGCACCUUCUGGUCGAGGGAGUGGAUCUCCGAUGACAUUUCGAUCACUUGGCACUUUCAGCCGGAGUACAGCAGAGACAGCAUUUCAAUAUUUCACUAUGCAAAAGGCCAGCCGUACAUAGAUGACGUUGGGACAUUCAAGGAUCGCAUCUCGUGGAUCGGGGACCCCAGUUGGAAAGACGGCUCUAUUGUCAUUCACAACUUGGACUACACAGACAAUGGAACUUUCACCUGUGACGUGAAGAACCCCCCUGACAUUGUGGGGAAGUCAUCUCAGGUUAUACUCUAUGUCUUUGAAAAAGUGCCUAUCAGGUACGGCGUGGUUUUGGGAGCCGUCAUCGGAGGUGUCCUGGGUGUGGUCCUCGUCGCCUUGUUGCUGAUCUAUCUCUGCAGGUGCUGCUGGCUGAGAAGGCAGGCUACGCUGCAACGGAGACUCAGUGCUAUGGAGAAAGGCAGGCUGAGACUGGGCAAGGAUUCGUCCAAACGAAGUCGCCAGGCUCCAGUCCUAUAUGCCAUGCUGGACCACAGUCGCCUCACCAAGUCUGCCAGCGAGAAGAAGUCCAAGGGAGGCCUGUGCGACACCCGCAAGGACCGGAAAUAGCGGUUAGCAGGCAGGAAAGGUACCCAAAAGAAGGCGGGCGAGAAGAAGGUCAUCAUGACCAUCGAGAUGGAACUGAAGAAGGACCAGCUCGAGGCGGGAGGCCUCAAACCCGCAGUCAAGUCCCCCAGCAAGAACAGCCUCAAAAACGCCCUCAUGAACAUCAUCAAAAGCGAUUCGGAAAAGUGAUGCAGAACAAUAUGAAUAUCCUAGCCCUUAAUUUCCUCAGAAGUGGGGCCUGUGAUCGUUCCCUUUUAACCGUGCUUUGGUGCUCUGCCUGGCCUAUCCAGUCAGGGGCUGAAGGGAUUUUGGUACAUUCCUGCCCAAGCCGGCUUGAUCUCCAUCCCUCUCUCUCUUCUAACUUUGACAGAAAGGCCUCCACAGUAUGAUAUGUUUAUACAAAGCACAGGGCACCUCCAUGCUUAACUCUAUUAACAAUCUCUCAGACUUUGUGUAUUCAUAGGAGGAGGCAAACUGAGGCCAGAUCGUCACUGGCAAGGAACCAACCUGCCGUCUCCCCAUGUUAGGAGCCUCUUUGUUUGCCUGAAAAGUCAGGGGAAAACUGGGCCUGUCUUGGGACACCAUUCUGGCCAACCUUUGCUAAGGUUGAGGGCUUGCAUCACUGCCGCCAACAAUAUCUGAGGUAGAAUACUGUGUGGUCCUGGUAAUACCAAAGCCCCCUUGUGAAAAAUGAGGAGGGAGUUGUGGAUGCAGGGAAUACAUCAAGAACUUUGGUCCUUCCGGACAGAGUUCAGGUCUUCCAUUUGGGGUGACCAUUCGCCAAACUCCCAUCAGCCACUGGGUCUGAUACAGUGCCAUAAGGACUGGAUAGUUAUGUGUCCCAUUCCAUUAGCAUCUUUUCCAACACCCUAGCCUUCAAACAUCGAUAAAAAGAUACCCUGAUUUUACAAACAAGGUACCUUUCCUGCAUGAUCAGCUGUGACAACCUCUUCCGCUUGGUGUUUUCCAAGCACAGGUGUAAUUUUUCUUUUCCUUUUUAAUCCAAAGACCAGAAACACAUGCAUAUAUUACAUGCAUAUAUUAUAUUCAAGAGGAUGGUUUAAUUCCCUUCUAUCGCUUCUGGGUUUUUCACUUCCUGCCAGACCAACAACACUUGGUUGCCAGAAUCUUAAGCUCAGUGAAAGAAAAUGGAUGCAAUAUGAAUUUUUUUCAUAAUAUUUUGUUGGCACCUCAUACUGACUUUUCUUUCUCGGGUCCAACUUUUCUUUGACCCAUUCCCUACAAAUAAACAAAGCCAAGGUAUUAAAAUAAUACCGGUGAAAUCCACCCAUUUUCACUACCGACUUUGCAACAGAAUUUCACUUGUGGCAAAUUUGGAGUUUCCCGACAGAGUGAAACAUCUGAGAACUUUCGAGGGAAACCAGAAGCGCAGCAACAAGACCCACGAAAUUUCUCAGUGGAGGGGUUUCGCACAUCUCCUGGUUUUCUCCAAACUUUGCUGGGAUUGAAAUUCGGGCAGUUCCCGCUCGCUGGAAACAUUUGAAGAAUUCUGGGGCAAGCAGGCAGAGUUUUGAUACGCAAACAUUUCUCAGGCGGGUUUUCACACACUGCUUUGGAAGAGUUCGCCAGUUGAUGCAAACAUUCGUGAGAUUUCCUUCCAUCCAAGAAAUGUUCCAACUUGUCCCGCUUUUUCUGACAACUUUGAAGGGAAUUAAGCCAUUCUUGGACGUGCCCCUCCCUAUAGUGGUUAUACCUGACAGCGUGAUGUUCAGUCUAAAGGAGGAUUACUAUUAUUAUUUUUAACUACUGAUAUGUUCGUGAAAGUCUUUCUCGCCCUGCUCCUCUCCCUGUGACUGAAUAUCACAUGACGUCACAUGGUUAACAUCCUGAGGCAGUAGUCUAUCCCGUCUUUCUCUGUUUUCAAAUUAAUUGCCGUUGCCAAUGACAACAAGCUCAUAACAACACACAGUGGCCCAGUGGGUGCCAAGUGAAAACUUUGUGGAGGGCAAGUGUUCCACUAGGCCACCAAAGCGCCACGCCAAAUGGGUCACACCACUUCAGCUGGAACAUUACCACAGCAUCAACUAUACUGUACAUGCAUCCUCUCCUCGUGAUGUCUGAGAUCCCCCCCGCUCCAUCAAUUGUGCGUGGAGGGGUUUCACAACAUCAGUACACCGCAGAAUCUAACAAGGAGGUUGGUCUCCACAGCAAUGUAUAUAGCACACCAUACAGCCACCUUCUGUGUAGUAUAUAAUGUUGUCAGCGAGUAGUCCUGGUAGCCUAAACUGCAUUUUAAGUUAAAACACACGUACAGAGUUAUAUAUGGGUAAUCUAGUUCUCCCACAUACCCUAUACACACACUUUUUUUCCCGGUGCCUUUUCUCAACUUUGUGUACAUUCUUUCAAAAACUGCAGCAACAACCAAAAAAAAAAAAAUGACGCAAUUUUAAAAAGUUAAUAAUAAAAGACUUACAUUUCUAUA